AUGACUAGUACAUCUGUGAAACAUCGUGAAUUUGUUUCCGAACCAAUGGGAGAGAAAGAAGUAACCGCUGUUGCUGGUAUUGGACCUACUUAUGGUGAGAAAUUGAGUAAGGCUGGUUUUGACAAGGUUACAAUCGAUUCGGUGAAGAAGCUCAUUGCGGCACGAGAUGAAAUCGAUGAACGAAUCGCGAAGGAAGAAGAAGUUCUUAAAUUGAAUAAUAUUGAUAUGCAAAGAAGCUUGGUGGACGCAGAAGGUUUUCCUAUUACAUCUGUCGAUGUAUAUGCAGUGAGGCGAGCAAGAUGUGCGAUUAUAUGUGCGCAAAAUGAUCGUCAGCAAUUAACAUCUGAAAUUGAAAAAGCUAUGCUUAUCUUACACCAGCAAAAACGAGAUUGCGCAAUAGCAUGCAGUAAACCUGCAUCAACAGAAGAUGAUAUUCCAAUGGUGCAUCGUACCGGCAAUGCUCCAUUUGCAAAGGUAGCUAAAGUAAUGGACAGCUCACCAGCUUUUCGAGCGGGUUUAAAGGAUGGCGAUCAACUAAUACAGUUUGGUUCGUUACAUGCUGGUAAUUUUACUGAUAUAAAAGAACUUAGCAUAAUUGUGCAAAACUCUAUAAAUAUAUUGAUUUCUCUAUUAUUGGAGAGGCCAAUACGAGUAACAGUACUAAGGAACGAUAGGCCGAUACGAUUAGAACUUGUGCCUCAAACGUGGUCCGGCAAAGGUACUCUCGGAUGUUCUGUAUUUCCAGUUACUCCUGCUCAUAUAUGA